AUGAAGGACGACACCUUCACGAUGGUGGCCUCCGCCUUAUUGGGCUCGCUGCAAAUGUCCAUCUUUUUCGGCGUGAACAUCCUCGCCUUCCUGGUGGAGUCGAUUACGCACUCGGUGCGCGUGCGUUGUCCCGAGUGUAUCAUCGACUUUGCUGGGUAUUAUGGCCAGUGCAUCCUGUACAUCACCUACACGCUGGCCAACCUCGUUGCCCCUGUAGUGCUGGAGAAAACGAGCGCCAAAACGACGUUGGUCAUGGGCGCCGGAGCAUUUGCCAUCUACGGCGUGACGUUCCUGCACGUGCGGACUUGGCUUUACUUCAUGGCCUGUGGCCUGGCCGGGAUUGGAUAUGCGUUGUACUAUGUCGGCGCCGGCGCGUAUUCAGCGAAGCAUUCGACGGUGGAGACUUUUUCGCGAAACACGGCUAUCGUGUGGAUGUUGGCUGGGUCCAGCAUGAUCCCGAACUCGUUGUUCAUGAUGGCCUCCUCCGAAUUUUCCAAGGAUGAGCGCCCGCCGGAGCAAUAUUCAAGCUUGAAUAUUACCGAAAUCAAAUCGGAGUACCGCUACUACUCCGAAUUCGAGAUCCGGAUGCUGAUAUUGGGGAUCAUGGCGGUGGCCAGCUGGAGCAUCGUGCUCGCUUUUCUGCUGCCAAGCCGAAAAAUCGAGGACUCCAUCUACGCAAAGCGGAAGGCGGGGCCGCGAACGGUGGCUGAACAACUAUCCACCAUCGGCUGGGCGCUAGGCCAAACGGGGAUGUUGAAGAUGAUUCCCCUGCACGUCUUCACCGGCUUCUUCACGGCGUUCUGGCUGUCCGUCUACACGACUACGAUCGCCUUCACCACGGCGUUUGCACCGUACCCAAAUCUAAUCGCCUACUCGACGAUCGGGCUAGCUGUGGGGGAGAUUUGCUUCGGCGUCUUUGUCAAUGUUGCAAGCCGUAAGAUUCGAGAUUUCGGUCUUUGGCCGGCAUUCGCCGUCUCCUGCAUCACUUUCUCCAUCACGGCGGUGCUGCUCGUUCUUUUUGUACCUCCGGAAUCGCCGAUUCACCCCACCAGCGGCUCGGCUUACUUUACCCCAAACUUCUACGUGGCGAUCCUGAUCGGCUGGUUAUGCGGGGUGGUGGACGGGUCAAUAAAUAAUUGUCGAAUGGUGGCCUCGGCUCGGGCGUUACCCACCCAUCCGGCCGUCGCAUUUUCGAUUGCGAAAUUUUACCAGGCGAUCGGCGCGGCGUUCUUCUACUACGCGAGCAGCCUAUUCACGAUGGCGCAACUGACAUCUUUGCUGUCAAUCACUUUACUACUCGGCAUCUUCGCCUUCAACUCGUUGAUGAAGGAUUUUGAAAGGAGUAGCGUUGAACUAUUUUUCUCCGCCACCACUAUCUCCAGCACCGAUUUUUGCGCAAGUGGCUAUUGCUACUACGGCGGGACUUGCGUCGAGGGUUACGGUACCUUUCUGUGCCAGUGUACGGACGAUUUCUGGGGGCGGCAGUGUGAAAACGCUCGCCUCUGCUACACGGACCCGCCGAAUUGCCAUAAUGGGAACUGCUGGGCGAUGGUGUGGACCGAUUCGAGCGGGGCGGUCAGCUACAUCAACACCAGCUGCUCGUGCUACGCCGGAUGGGAGGGCGACUUUUGUGAUCAACAGCUCGACGCCUGCGCCGAUGACCCGUGCGACGGCAAUGCUACCUGCAUGAGUUUUGGCUACAACUUUUCCUGCGUGUGCCCCGAGGGUAUGGGCGGUUCGGAUUGCUCGCUUGAAUUGGACGUGGAUGAUCCAGAAAAUGACUACUGUUCCCCGGACCCGUGCGUAGCCGGCUUUUGCGUCAACGCCACCGCAACUGAGAAUUGGGCUUGUAAAUGUGUCCCCGAUGCCACGUAUCCAGCCAUGUCGAAUCAGAACUGCAGCCAGCCCGACUACGGCUACUACUGCGAUCCGACGCUGUGCGUAUAUGGCAGCUGUGGAAUCAGCACCACAUACAACGAGACGACGAAAGAGAUCACCAACGUGACGACGCAGUGCUACUGCUACGCCGGCUUUGUCGGGAAGGUCUGCAACCAGGAAUACGACAUCUGCGCCAACGAGGCGCCCUGCCAGAACGGCGGUUCCUGCGACUACACCUGGGGCUCGUGGCUUUGCACUUGCGCCCCCGGAUGGACCGGAUCGAACUGUACAGAUAUCUACACUCCCACGACUACUGAAACCACGAUCGAGGCCGAGACAUCAACAGCCAACACCGCAGCAGCCGGGGCGAGAACGACGACGACAGAAAUGGCGACUGUCGAUCCGGGUUACGUCGGAACGCCGUGCGUGUGCACGAACGUGUCCUACGGUGGCAAGGUCUACCAUGGUGAUGUAUGCCAGGUGCUGGACUCUGGCGGCGUCUGCGUCGACAAUCCGGAUGGUUCCGGCUUCACCUGCCAGUGUACCUCUAACUUCACAGGACAGUAUUGUGAUAUGGCUGCAAACCUCGGCGUAAUGCUGGCCCAGCUCUACGGAAAUCUAACACCCGAAGAGAUGCAAGAAAUUCGAGAAGACCUCCAGUCCCACCCGCCCAAGCUGCAAGACCUGAUCCCAUUCAUUACCGGGCCAAUGGCAGAGGAUGUUAGAGCAGCUUUAUCUUGGGCCUACAGCGAUUUCUUCCUCGACACGGCGUUCGAGAGGAAGGGCAUCGAUUUUGAUAGCGAAUUCAUCCAAACGAACGACGUGCUUCGCGUCCAAGAAGCGGAAUACCCUUACUGGGUCGACACGGCCGGGAUUACAGUAUUUGUUCACAAAAUCGGCGAGGCCGUCUUCUCCGAAUCGUCGCGCACCGAGGCUGUGGCUGGGGCCUUCAGCAAGCUGUUUAUAGGACAGACCGACUACAGUAGGCUGGGCGGGCAUUAUGGGAGUUGCGCAAAGUCGGUUUCGGACGUCAAAUCCUAUUAUUAUGAGGGGAUCUACACGAUUGAUGGCUGCUACCGCUCUUGUUACCAGGAUCUCCUAUUUGCACUUUGUAACUGCAUGGAUCCACGCUACCCAUUCCCAGCCUCAAAACCAAGCUGUGACAUCCCGCAACGCAGUUGUCUCAACGACUUUACGGCAAAGUAUGGUGAUGAUCCGGCUUCGUUACCAGGUUGUAACUGCCCUCAACCAUGCGAGUAUUCCCAGUUUGACACGGCCUGGUCAAUAGCACCGUAUCCGGCAGUGUUAUACGAGUGCCAACUCUCGUCAAACGUCUCGGCCUGCCAGGCUGCAUAUUUGGACUCGGUCAAGAUUGAGGUCAAUUUUCAAUCCCUCACCCGGCUCAUCUACCAGGAAGAACCGGAAAUGUCGCUCAACGCGUUCCUCGGCUACCUUGGCGGUAUUCUCGGGAUUCUGUGCGGCAUCUCGAUCGUCACUUUUAUUGAAUUCGGCUACAUCGCUCUAAUCAUAAUUUCCAUCCUCACAAAAGGAAAAAAA